GCCAUCUGGACCUGUCGCUUUGAGAUUCUGCGUUAUCUACAGCAGUGGCCGCGGCGGUGGAAUGGUGCAGGACUGUAGCGCAUGUGCCUGAGUCUGACGCUCCUCGACUUUCCGCGGAGUUCUUCGGUUCCUGCCCGUUCCGUCCUACCCCAGGGUUCGCUCCAUCUUCCGUCCCCAAGUCUCUCGCUCAGCUCCCCAAGCUCCCAACCAACCUUGACAUCUGCAGAACGAAAUGGGCACAGUCAUGAACGGCUCAGACAGAACAGAGUACCUGCUUCAGCCCUACAACUUCGAGCUAUUUUCGAACUUAAGCCUCUUUUUGGAGGAGUACUGGUCAAUCUCAAUUCCGAUAGCUCUGAUCUACUUGCUGCUCAUCUUUGUGGGGCAGAACUACAUGAAGGCACAGAAGGGCUUCAACCUGCAGGGGCCUCUCAUCCUUUGGUCCUUCUGCCUUGCAAUCUUCAGUAUCGUGGGAGCAGUGAGGACAUGGGGCUAUAUGGGGAUGCUGGUACAUAGGAGAGGCCUAAAGGAUACUAUGUGCUUCUCCAGUUUCACCACCGAUCCUGUAGUCCGAUUCUGGUCCUCUGUCUUUGUUCUCAGCAAGAUCAUUGAAUUUGGAGACACGGCCUUCAUCAUCCUGCGUAAGCGGCCACUCAUCUUUGUGCACUGGUACCACCACAGCACAGUACUAGUGUUCUCGAGCAUUGCAUUCAAGUACAAGAUAAAUGCAGGUGGCUGGUUCAUGACCCUCAACUUUGGUGUGCAUUCCAUCAUGUACACCUACUACGCUCUGAAGGCUGCCAAAGUGAAGUUAUCCUGGUGGUUUCCCAGGCUCAUCACCACCCUGCAGAUCCUACAGAUGUUUAUAGGAGUCACUGUCAUCAGCCUUUCUUACAUCUGGAGACAGGAACAGGGAUGCCACACCACAAUGGACCUCUUCUUCUGGUCCUUCCUCAUUUAUAUAAGUUAUUUAAUCCUCUUUUCCAUUUUCUUCUACCAAGCCUACAUAAUGCCCAAGGUCAAAGCCAAGACCAAGAGGGAGUAAAGUGUUGGAGAAAAAGAAGAAGCCCCAGGCUCUCUACUCCCCAGGGUACUGAGGGGAUGGGCUUAGUUUUGGGAGAAUGAUUACAAUGCCUUUCCUGCAUGGUUUCCCCACAGGAUGUGUGCCUCAAGGUGGCAGGAAGUUAUGACAGACAAGAAACACCACCCUGGGAGGGGAAUGUGAUCUAGUACUUUUAUUAUAUUUCUAUUUUUAAUGUGAAGGCCAAGCAGUCACUAGGGUGGAAGUGGGACUGAGAAGGAUUCCCAGAGCUAGGU